AGUCCUUCUGCUGACAGCAUCCAGCCCAAGCCCUUCCCCUUACACACACACACACACACACACACACACACACACACACACACACACACACACACACACACACACACACACACACACUCAGACACACACCCCGCGCUGCAUCCUUGUCCCACACUCGGAUUCAGCCCCAAUCUGACACCUCCUUCUGCUGCCUGGAAGCCUCUGAUCCAUACAGCUAUAUUCAUUCACUCCGCCGGUAACUUACAGUCCCACCUACAGCUGCAGCUGAUCUACAGAGGGAUCUCUUCUCUGAUUGGUCCUGAUGCUUAGAAAGGUCCGCCUCCGCUACUCCUCAGCAAACUCCUGUGAGAAGGAUGUGAGCUCUGGCAAGACUGCGGGAUUUCUGUGUUUUGAAGCUUUUGAGGCACACAUUACUCCCAGUUAGAUGGAGGAGAGAGAAAGGAGCAGAAGUCGUUCCCCACGAAGGGUACGUCGGGUGGAGCAGGUUGUGGGGAGAUGGCUGCGCCGCUCACGAGACUCCCUCAGCAGGGAGCGUAUUCUGGGGGACAGGAAGUCGAAUCGCUCGGACGAUGGCAGCCAGCAGCAGUUUCCAGUGAAGGAGACGGUGGAGGUGAUCAGAGACGCUGUGCUGGACUCCCACGGCUUCACCCUCACCACACAGCUCCCUCUGCUGGUCAGGGAUGUCACUCCAGGAGGACCAGCAGAUGGUCGUCUUUUACCUGGUGACCAAGUGCUAAAAGUCAACAAUAAAGCCAUAGAGGACCUGUCUCCGGAAAAUGUGGAGCACAUGAUCAGGGACUGCCAGGACUCUGUUACCAUGACGGUCCUCAGAAACAUGCUGAACCCCAAGUCCUCAUUCAUGAGUGCGGAGAAGAGAGCUCGCCUGAGAAGAAAUCCAGUUAAAGUGCGCUUUGCAGAGGAGGUGGUCGUUAACGGACACACUCAGGGAAACUCUCUUCUCUUCCUGCCCAAUGUGCUGAAGGUCUACCUGGAAAACGGACAGACCAAAGCCUUCAAAUUUGAUAAAACCACCUCUGUCAAGGACAUAGUGCUGACUCUGAAGGAGAAGCUGUCGAUUCGCUCGAUUGAGCAUUUCUCUCUGGUGCUGGAGCAGCAAUACAGCAUCACCAAGCUCCUGUUACUGCACGAAGACGAGCUCAUACAGAAGGUGGUGCAGAAGAAGGACUCUCAUGAUUACAGGUGUUUGUUCAGAGUGUGUUUCAUCCCUCGAGACCCUGUGGAUCUGCUGCACGAUGACCCAGUAGCCUUUGAAUACCUCUUCCACCAGAGUGUAGGGGACGUGUUGCAGGAGCGGUUUGCAGUAGAGAUGAAAUGCAACACUGCUUUAAGGCUGGCAGCGCUGCACAUGCAUGAAAGAAUGGCCAGCUGUGGACAAACCACAAGAGCAUCUGUCAAGGGCAUCAUUAAGGAGUUUGGUCUGGAGAGCUUUAUUUCACCUACGUUACUGAGGAACAUGAGAGAGAAAGACCUGAGAAAAGCACUUACAGGACACAUGAAGAAGAUCCAAUCACUGCUGGAGCCUCGGCAGAAAGUUAUCUCUGUACCUCAGGCCAGGUUGGCAUAUCUGACUCAGAUGGCAGAGCUGAUUUCAUACAGUGGGAGAUCCUACAACGCCACCAUGCUGCUGCAGGACCGGGAGUCCUUGGUGAGUUUGCUGGUGGGAGCACGGUAUGGCGUCAGUCAGAUCCUAAACCACAAGCUCAACAUGAUUUCCACCAUCAUAGACUUCCAUUACAUCACCCGUGUAGAGGUGCUCUCUGAAUCUGACAGAGUCAGCAUGCUAAAGAUCUAUCUGCAUGACAUCCAGCCACUGGCCUUGCUAAUGGAUUCAGUUGCUGCUAAGGACUUAGCCUGUCUGCUGGCUGGCUACUGCAGACUGUUGGUGGAUCCUAACAUGAACGUGUUCCGUUGGGGCCCUCGCCCCAAAAUGCGCCGAAUACCUUUAGAUGAAGGCUAUGGAUUCCGCUGUGGCAGUGACUCAGAUUUGAGUUCAGAUGAGGAUUACUCCAUGGACAACGUGCUGGACGCUCAACAUUCGGAAGACACGGCGUCAACGCAUACAAAUGACGGAAAGGAAGAUGAGAAGGUUCAAGAGAAUAAACAGAAGGCCACGGUGGAGACGGUACGAGUGUUUGUGACUCAUGCGGAAGAAGGAAAUAAAGCAGCGGAAGGUGGUCUAGAUGGGACGAGUAUAAGUGGCUCGGUUGAAGAUGAGGACUAUGCAGCCCGGGUUAAUGCACUUCUGGAGACAGGCUGGUAUACUGACCCGAGGGUCAAUAGCAGCUUCUCGAGUCUGUCGAGUAACUCCCUGAAUGCUCUGGAAGAGAGUUGUCGGGCGUCCACUGCAGGAGCUACUCAAUUGGACAAUUUUAAGGAGGAGGCACUCACACCAGAUCAGGCUGCUGGGACUAGCCUUGAUGUCCAUCAUCCGUACUUAUUAGAGGUGCCUGAACGCCACCGGAAAGAGGAUUCGGACACCCCGGUACGACCCGGUGACUUCUCCUACAACCGGAACCCAGGCUUGCGCUACACACAGCUCUCGCAAAUGGCUGACUACCUCCCCAGCCCACCUGAAGCCAGCGACGAUGCACUUAGUGAUGAGGAUGAGGAGGGUGCAGAUGAGAACGGCAAUGAUAGACUCAUUUCAGACAUGUCUGCAGAUCUUGAGGCUGUGUUGGCAUCAGGUGGUAGCAAUAGUAUAAAAGGUACAGUAGCAGGUGUAGAUGUUCAAGCACUUUUAGCAAGGAUCCGCAGCCAUCCAGCAUGUCAGCAAGAAUGGAGAAACCCUGGUGUCCUCCACAGACAGGAAAUGAAAUCGAGGGGGGCAAUGGCCAGAGGAAAACCUCCACCUCCUCCCCCGCCUCCAAGAACAGUGUCUGUGAAGAUGUGUAAGGACUACCGAGACAGUGGUACAGAAUCAGAAGAUGAAUUCUUCGAUGCCCAGGAUCGUCUUACUCCACCAAUCCUAGAACGCCCUGCAGAGAAAGACACAAAAGUGAGUAUCAAAGAUCGUGCCCAGAACAUGAAUGAGGUCAAGACCACUGUACAAGAGACAGCAACACAUGAAGUCAAACAACUAAAGGAGACUUUAAUCAUCAAUAAAAACAAUCUAAAAUCACCAUCCCUUCUUAAUCAUCUCACUCCUGAAGCAACUGUUCUUGAUAAACAAGAGUUUGAGGUUCAUCAGCCCUCACUUACCAUUCUCCCUCAACGGACGCUGCUCGAAUCUAAGCCUAUUGUGGAUAAUCAUGUCUCAGAACAGGGCCAGCAGUGCAAUGGAGAUAUUCCUGGCCGCAGUUCUCACCUAUCCUCUGAGCUUUUAGAAAUGGAGCCAGACACUAUGGAAUUUAAGCCUGUUACUACAGCUGGACCACCACUAUCUUCACCCUUAAUCAGGGCAGUGCGGCAAGCUCAACCUCAGCCACCAUCCCCAGCAGAUCCUGCACUUGUGAAUGGUUCCAAGCAGCAAAACCAAAUUUCCAAUCAUGCCCCAGUCAAUUUUGAACAUACCAGCCACGUGAACCUCAAUGACAAAGCCCCUGAUUCCCAAAAUGUGACAAAACCAACAGAAACUCCUGUGGAUACAAAAGUUGAAACGUUUAAAAUAGAGAAUACAGCAGAAAACCAAUCCAAGAAAGAAGAAAAGUCUGUGGUCAAACCUCCAGUUCCCCCAAAACCCAAAUCUGUUCGUUGUCAACCAUCAUCAGCCUCAGAUAUUAUUGCUCAUCCUUUACAAACUGAAAGCAAACAACAUAUACCACCAAACGGACUUUCCUUGCACCCCUGGUCCCAGCGGAACGGGACCACUCCAGCCCCUAUUCUCAGUAAGGGUGUCUCACUGAGCCAUGAGAAUCUUAGAAGUGAACUAAAAACUGAGAACACUACUGUCAAAGGGACAAGUGCAUCAACAACUCCAACUCCCACGUCCACCCCAGCGUUAUCCCCGGCUGCUUCUAUCAGAGGGUCUGUUAGCAUGGACCCCAAAGAUCCUUUUGGGAUCGGGAUGAGUUUACCAAGCAAAACGUCUUCUGGGCGUCUAUCUGCUUCAGCACUGAGAGGAAAGAUCCAAGAUAUGCCUUGGUAUCUUACAAGAUCACAGGAAAUUUUGGGUACUAUUGCACUGAGCGGAGAUAAAUCAACAGACACGAAAGAAUCAAAGGAAGAGCACACAGAAUCUAAGAAGGAAUCACCAAAGGCCACUUCAGUACCUUCUUUGAACGACUGGAAAGAGAAAGAUGCUGAAGUUGUCGUUGUGAAACUAAAAGAUGGGCCACAAGAGGUGAGUUCUCUUGUAAAAGAGUCCAGUGAGAUCUCUUUAUCUGGUCUUCCAGAUGUGAGGCAAAAUGGGUUGCGAGACUCCAUUGAACUCCUGUCGCACUUGGGAACGUGCAAGCUGGAACAGCCCCAGUCUCAAAAGGUCAUUGGUACGCAGGAUAGCUUUGAAACGCCCAUGCCGGAAUCAAGUCCCAGCACACCGCAUCGGGAAGCUUGUGGAUGUCAUACUGUUUAUGCCAACUGCUUCAGCGGGGAUGCUGAAGAUGUCUGUGGCUUUGAUGACGAUCUGACAGUGUAUGAGUUCUCCCGUCAGAAACGAAUCAGCAAACCACCACAGACUGCAUGUACAGCUCCGUCAUCCAUCUGUGCCCCUUCGCCAAACAUCCUGUCACUGCUCAGGGACUCUCCUCGUCCCCUGUCAACCUCUUCAGAGCUCAGCCCCCUUCUUACCCCACCCCGAUCACUUGAGUCUCGACCGAAGGGGCGCUCCCCCCUGGACGAUCCACUUCGGGACCUUCAGGGCAGGCGGUACCUGACAGGCCCAAAAGGUACAGGGCUUAAAGGGGGCUACACCUCCCUCCACAAAGACAUAGACGAGCUUUUGUUGGUGCUUAAGAAUGGAGAGACCGCAAUAAAUCCUCCAUGCCACAAAGGGCAGUGUGAAAAGGGCAAGAACGGACACUCCUUUCCAGAAACGGAGCGCUGCCUGGUGCAGGCCGAGGCACGGAGGCUGGCGUCAGGAUGCCAGCGUGCAACACGUGUCGGUUGGGCACCAGAUGACGCCCUGCUCUCUCUAGGCAACAGCUUUGGAGCUCUGGUGCAUCUGUCAGCGGCUUGCCUACGAGUUUCCUGCUCAGACUGUGGGGGGUGCCAUGGGGAUAUUGACGGAGCUGAAGCUCUAAGGAAGCUUCAGGAGAUUGUGUGUCUGUACAAGGAGUUUGUGACGGCUGUGGAAACGGCCCAAGAGGCGGAAGGUGUUAGGCUCUUGGCCAAACAGUGCACGGUUCUAAUCUCCUCAGUGUUCUCGCUCACACAGCUCUUCAGAACACAUACGCCAGACACGGACAGUAGACACAUACCUCUGAACUUUUGAACUUUUCUGAACAUUUUGUGUGGAACUCGAAAUCGAGAACUCGAAAUGAUGAGAACCGUGUUCCGUCUUCUUGCAUUUAAAGACUUUUUUAUGUGUGCUGGCACACAUGACAUGAACGUAAGUGCCGUAUAUACAGAAGACACGUUGACUUAUGCUCAUAUAUACACACACACACACACACACAAACACAGCAAAAGUAGAACUUUUAUCCUCAAAAAAGUGUUGGUCUUGCCAUGUCUCUACUUCUGAAAGUACAUGGGUUAUGCAUUUAUUGAUAUAUACAGUAGCUAUUUUCUAACUAGUUCUUCUAGUAUGUACAGUAUGUAUUCAAGGACUUAUUUAUUUUUACAUACUUAUCUGUGUGCACCGUGGAUUCUAACCUACACCCACAUUCAACUUUUGUUUUUUGUUUGUUUGCGUUGGUCUGUGUAAAUUCCUACCUCUUUUGUCUAUUAACCGUGGAAACCUGAAAGACAUUGACAGUAUUAUUAUAAGGAUGUCCCUUUGUUUCGGAUUAUUUUGGUCUGUUGUGCUGCUCUUCCUCAGUGGUCUAGGCAUGGUACUUGAUAAGGACAAUACAGAUGCCAACCCAUUAAGGCCUCUACAUACUUCUUGCAAAUUGUGGUUUGCAAGUGUUGCACAAAUCUUAAUGCUUCGCAACUGAACUGCUCUUGUCUUUUUUUAACAACCAGUCACAGGUGUUGUCGAGUAGUUUCUUUGUCUGCGGAGAUCUGGCAGCUUCUAUGUGUGUGACACGGCAAACAAAGCCCCGGCACGACAUCUGCAGCUGUUCAGUUUCUCCUCAAUAACGUCACACUGGUUGCCGAAGCCAAGCGAACGUAAUUUCUGCAAGAAGUAUGCUGAAGCCUUUACUCCUAUUCUUAUCUCCUCCCCCAUGUGUACAUACAGCAAGUGCUAGGAAAGAUGAUUCUAAAAUCCCAGUUAGCCUAUAAUCAUGCCCAAUAAUUUAGCCGUUCAUUUUCCAAAGGAUUUAUUUUUAUUGUCCGAGUGAAAGCUGGAUACGAAUGGGGUAUGAAGGCAGAUGGUUGGCCAGAGAAAUAGGAUCUUUCCAAUUUUAUACCUGUAUGUCAACAUAUAUGUGAACGUUCAGUGUUUAGUUUUUAUAUUAGCCAGUUACCUGACUGUUAAUGGUAGCGAUCUGUUUUAUCCAAAGACAUUCUAGCACUAAAGAGGUGCUUUUUCAUAACAAACCCAUCAACACUUACCCAUAACACCAGUAACACUGGACUAAUUUGAUUAACACUAGUCAAACUACACUUUCUUCACUUGUCCUUAUUUUAAUACUAUGCAAGAGUCACUGAUACAAUGAUUUAUAGCUGAUGUUUUUCCACAUAUCGUUCUUUCUUAGCAUUGAGUUGAGUAUUUUGUACGGUAUAUAUGAUCAAAACCGUUCAAAACCGUUCUUGAUCACUAAUAAUUUAGUUUUGAUAAGAGGGCUUCCCUAAAAAACCCAAGCCUUAUUCUUGGUCUGGAAGGGUUUUUUUAAGAAAAUAUCCAAGGAUCAAGGUCAAAUUGAAGCAAUUAUGCUAAUGCAACACGGAUUCCAGUUUGCCUUUUGCUGAUUAGAGGAAAACAAAUGACACAUGUUGCCAAGGAUCUUGUAUCUUAGGGCAUUUAUCACCUGUAUUUUGUCUGCUCUGGUUCAAAUCACUUAAAGAGGUUGUACACUAGGAGUAUUUCUCUCUGGUAUUGUGUGGUGUGGUUGGUUUUUUAGACAGGGAUUGGGGGGAAUCUAAGGACAUCUAAAUUAUAUCACAACAAACCACAAAAUGAGUAAGUGUAGGAAUUGGUCUGUGUUCUGGACUAGUGCAGAUUUCUGCGUAAUAUAAUUUGCAUAUGGCAUUUGUUCGUAACUGUUGUAAUUAUAACUCAUUGGUUAAUGAUUAACAUACCAGGUUAAAAUACACUGGCAGAACAAUUUUUGCCAAGUUUACAAUACACAACUCUCAGUCGUGUCUAGAUCAUUUUUAUUACACUACACAACUUCUUCUAAUUGGGAUUUUUUUUGUCAUUAUUUAGUCGUUCGCACACUACGAGUCUGACAUGAUCUUUUACCAGGAGAAAUGCACCAGGAGGAACAUAGACAAAAAAGACAUUACACAAGAAUUGAUGUGAUGGCACAUUUUUUUUCUUUAAAUAUAAAUGUAUGACCAUAAAAAAAUAUGCUUUUCUUACAAAAGUAUGGACAACACAGCUUUAUAAAGGCAUGUGUAUAACUCUUCUCACCCCUGUGCUCUGCACUCUCAUUGGCUGUAGCUAUUUGCUACACUGCCUUCCAUAAAGGACACCUUUCACAGUACUAGAUGUAGAGCUGCAGAGCUGUAGAAGUCCAGAGAUCAGACCUGCUAGAUAUUUGUUGGGAGCUUUUGAGGCACUCAUCAGCCAUUAUUCAGAUCAAGAUUUUACUCCUAAGGAUUGAGGCAAUGCCAAGAGAUUAAGUUAGCCUAUCUAAUUAGCCUAUCUAAUAUAGACAUGCCAGGUACAACUGAUAGUUUGGUAGGACUGAGGUAAGACCCCCAAUAUGUGUUUAUAUUGUUAAAAUAUUACAAUUUAUGAGAUGAAAAAAAAUAAGUUUCGGAACUUUCUGUGCUGCCAUUUAACAUUCCUCAUCCCACCCUUUCGUGUGUGUACUGGGAAUACAUCAUAGAAGGCUAGUAUUUCCACACACAGUAAACAUGAGUGCAGUGCUAAUGUGGUAAUGAUGGUGACCGGCAGCAUCCGGUUAAAAUGAUCCAUGCAUACAGUCAAACAACUCUGGCAAAGUGAGAACAUUUUAUAAUUCUAUUGGAUUAAGGUCAGAUUAGAAACAUUUAUACCACCACAGCCAAACUCUUCCAGUUUUCCAAUAUGAACCAAGGGUGUGGGAAAAAAAACGAACCAGAGUCAGAUUUAACCAGAUUAAAAAGUGCAGGUGUGAACGCGCUCUUAGUUCUGCUACCAUAUCAAUAGAUUUAGGCAACCCCAAAUCUAUCAAGUUCUCCUUCACAUUUAGUAAUAUGAGGUUACAAUGUUAAAAUGUCAUAAAUUCAUGGUAUUAUAAAUAGGGCACCUUCAGAGGAGGGUGGUAAACUCUAGUAUGGUCGUUAUCAGUAGCAUUCUGAGUUUGAUAAUGUUUUGUUGUUUCCUGAAGAAAGGUAAUGCCUGAUGGGCGAAUCUGUGUAACAGGGCCUGGUUCUUCUGUAGAUCAGUGCGAAGAGGCAACAGAGUGCUCUGAAUGAUGAAGAUGAUGAUGACCAGAUAAUGUGGCUUACUCCUUAAAGCUCAUUGAUCUACUAUGACAUGAACCAUUUUCAGCGCUUAACUGAGUUGAUUACGUUAGUGAAGAGCUUCCAGAUGGCAACAGCACUGUCUCUCCCGCAUAAACACACACACAUACACACACACACACACAUACACUUACACGCACAAAGCCCUCGGUUGGUCAAGUCAGAUGUUGCAAAGUUAUUUUGUUUGAGGCAACAGGUCAUGAGAGCAGAGGAGAAGAUGAACAGACAAGGGAAAGGAAGAAGGAAGUAAGAAGGAUGUUUUCUUAUACUAACUUACACCAGUACUGAAUUUGAUCAAGUGAUCUGUUAAUGUUUUAUAAUUUUGUAGCACGCCAGCACAAGUUAUGACACUAAUCUCUACACUCUUAUCAGAGAGGUCUCCUAUCUGAACUACCUGAAUGAGGACAAAAAUGAGCCUAAAUGUCCUGUUGUGAUCAGUGAUGCUUGGGAUGGAAUGGAUGAAAUGCUUGAUCUUGACUGUAGCAAAUGAGAAAAAGAAUGAGAAAUUGAGAAAUGUGCUGAAUGGUAUGUGAGAAAAAGAAAAUGUGGUUGAGAACAGAUUGUAUUCAGAGUGCGCAGAAACAAAGAGAGCAAAACAUUGUCUGAAGUGUAAAGUAAGAAAAAAGAACAGGAAGGGACAAUCCUGAAGUCAUUUUGCAUUUCUUCUACUGCAUCAAUAAUAAAAGGAUCAAUUUGAAUGAAA